AUGCAUUGUAUGUCAUCGCCUGGCGUCGGAAGUGAGCGGCGUGCUCAGUGCUGUGGUGCUGAUAGUGUGGCCGGUGAGGCUGUCAAGAACACGGGAACAUGACAGCGUACGUGCGGCUGUGGAGCAGCACUCGGUGGCUCGGACGGUGCAGGCUCGGGGUGCUCGGUGCCGCCAGAGAGGCGGAGGGUAACGCGGCGAUCACCGGCAGGCUGUACUGUGUGGGAAGGCAGAGCGGUACCCGGACAGCUUACACUGAGGUUGCAUCAACCGGCAUUGCCCUGACACGCUGCAUCCGUGCUGCCUGCCAGGCUCCCCCGCUGCAGCGCCCCUGUCACUGGCGAGCGCUACAUGGCUUUGGUAAUCGCGGCAGCGGCGCUUUCUCUGGGGAUGAUGGGGCGCAGAGCGGAGCGGCAGGAGGGGAGGAUGAAGGGGGCAGCGGGGAAGGGGGCGGCGGGGUGGGGGAAGCGGUGUAUGAGGCUCCCGUUGUGACCGCUCUCACCCCGCUCACAGUGCCCGAAGUCUUCCCUAAUGUCCCGGUCAUACCAGUGUCCAGGAACCCCGUGUUCCCCAGGUUCGUCAAGAUUAUCGAGGUGAAGAAUCCAAACUUAAUAGCCCUUCUGAGACGUAAAGUAAGGCUUGCACAGCCGUAUGCUGGAGUAUUCCUUAAGAGAGAUGAUAAUAAUGAGUCAGAUUUGGUUGGAAGCCUGGAUGAAAUCUACCACACAGGAACCUUUGUACAGAUACAUGAGAUGCAGGACAUGGAUGACAAGCUGCGUAUGAUCGUCAUGGGUCACCGGAGGAUCCGCAUCAACAAGCAGCUUGAGGUUGAAAGUGACGAAAGUAAAAGUGAGGAGAAAGUAGAAGGGAAAAAGAGGAGAAGAAAUAUAGCAGCCCGACACAUUAAUGAAGUGGGGAAAAAAAAGGAAGAAGUGGUCAAUUCAACCCCAACCCCUGAAGUUCUCAUGGUCGAAGUGGACAAUGUGUCUCAUGAAGAAUUCCAAAUAACUGAGGAGGUUAAAGCUCUAACUGCUGAAAUAGUAAAGACCAUUCGGGAUAUUAUUGCACUUAACCCUCUGUACAGGGAGUCUGUAAUGCAGAUGAUGCAGGCUGGACAGAGAGUGGUUGACAAUCCUAUUUAUUUGAGUGACAUGGGGGCCGCACUAACUGGAGCAGAUUCCCAGGAGCUUCAGGAUGUCUUAGAGGAAACAAAUAUCCCAAAGCGCCUGUACAAAUCGCUGUCAUUACUAAAGAAAGAAUACGAACUCAGCAAGCUGCAGCAGCGUUUGGGUCGCGAGGUAGAGGAAAAGAUCAAGCAGACACACAGGAAGUACCUGCUUCAAGAGCAGCUGAAGAUCAUAAAGAAGGAGCUCGGCCUUGAAAAAGAAGACAAGGAGGCAAUUGAGGAAAAGUUCCGUGAGCGCCUAAAGGAGCUCACAGUCCCUAAGCAUGUUAUGGAUGUUAUUGAAGAAGAACUGGGCAAAUUAGGACUACUUGACAACCAUUCUUCUGAAUUCAGUGUUACAAGAAAUUAUCUAGAUUGGCUAACAUCCAUCCCCUGGGGCAAGUACAGCCCAGAGAACUUGGAUCUGCAGAGAGCUGAGGAGGUUUUGGAAGAAGACCACUAUGGGAUGGAAGAUGUCAAGAAGAGAAUACUUGAGUUUAUAGCUGUGAGUCAGCUCCGAGGAAGUACCCAGGGAAAGAUUCUGUGUUUCUAUGGUCCACCAGGAGUGGGAAAAACUAGUAUUGCCCGCUCUAUUGCUUGUGCACUGAACAGGGAGUACUUCAGGUUCAGUGUGGGUGGAAUGACUGAUGUUGCUGAGAUUAAGGGCCACAGGAGGACAUAUGUUGGGGCCAUGCCAGGGAAAAUCAUUCAGUGCCUGAAGAAGACUAAGACAGAGAAUCCUCUUGUUCUUAUCGAUGAGGUGGACAAACUCGGGCGUGGGUAUCAAGGCGACCCAUCUUCUGCUCUUCUGGAGCUCCUGGAUCCAGAGCAGAACUCAAACUUCCUGGACCAUUAUUUGGAUGUGCCGGUAGACUUAUCGAAGGUCCUCUUUAUCUGCACUGCCAAUGUAACAGAAACCAUUCCAGAGCCUCUGAGGGAUCGUAUGGAGAUGAUCAAUAUCUCUGGCUAUGUGGCCCAGGAGAAAUUGGCCAUAGCGGAGAGGUAUCUAGUACCACAUGCUCUGACUAUGUGUGGGUUGGACGAAGGAAAGACUCGCAUCACAUCGGACGCUCUCACUGUGCUGAUAAAACAGUAUUGCAGAGAGAGUGGAGUCCGGAACUUGCAGAAGCAAGUGGAAAAGGUUCUGCGCAAGUCUGCUUACAAAAUUGUGAAUGGAGAUACCCAGUAUGUGGAAGUGACCCCAUCCAAUCUGCAGGACUUUGUUGGAAAGCCAAUCUUUACUGUGGAUAGGAUGUAUGAUGUCACCCCACCUGGUGUUGUGAUGGGCCUAGCUUGGACUGCCAUGGGUGGAUCCACCUUAUUUAUAGAGACUUCCCUCCGACGUCCACUUGACAAAGAAAAUAAGGAUGGUUCCCUGGAAGUGACAGGUCAACUUGGAGAUGUUAUGAAGGAGAGUGCAAAAAUUGCCUACACAUUUGCUCGUGCUUUCCUAAUGAGAAAACAACCAGAUAAUAAAAUGCUGGUGACCUCACACAUUCACUUACAUGUCCCAGAGGGCGCUACACCAAAGGACGGUCCUAGUGCUGGCUGCACCAUCGUCACUGCUUUACUUUCCCUUGCUAUGGGCUGUCCAGCUCGCCAAAAUGUGGCAAUGACUGGGGAGGUGUCUUUGACGGGCAAAAUCCUGCCUGUAGGGGGAAUCAAAGAAAAAACUAUAGCUGCUAAAAGGGCAGGUGUGACCUGUAUCAUCCUCCCCGCAGAAAAUAAUAAAGAUUACUACGAUCUGGCCAACUUUAUUACUGAAGGGCUGGAAGUGCAUUUUGUUGAACAUUAUGAAGAGAUUUACAACAUCGUGUUUCCAUCUCCCUGACACCUACUCGCUCCAACCUUUAGUGAUCCUUUAUUUCGGUGUCAGCCACUGGAAUGGCGUUCUUAAUAUUGCUGCUGCGCAGCCCACGUAUUCAUUAUGGCUACAUUUAAUAUUUGCCUUUAGAUAUGGUAUUAAUUUAGUAAUGUAAUUAUUAAAAUAAAUGGAUUUUAAUUGUA